UGUCCUCACCAAUUAAGGUGCCACCAGCCUGCUGUGUUUGGUAUAGCUAGCUACAGUAUCUACUGUAUGCAUUGUUUUUGCCCCUACUCCCAACUCACUCUCUUCAAUGCCCACCACCAGGUGGCGCUAGUCUUCACUUUUUCAUAGUAGUGUAGAAUCAGGCAACAUAUUACAGUAUAUAAUAAUUCUAAAGCUGUAUACUUCUUUAAGCUUACAAAAGAUGCAAACAUUACUGUAACAUUAUGCAUUUUUCCUUCUUCAUAGAUGAAAUAUGCAGUUUUAACCAUUGCAUUGCUUGUGAUGCACUUUGCUUUUGGAAAGAGCUCCCACAAUCAUGAAGAACAUUAUGUGUCCACCAGCACUGAGCAUGACAUGCAGUGGUACCCAACCUUUUUUGUUUACUGUACCACCAACUGAAUUUUACUCUGCCUAGAGUACCCCUAAAGUACCCCCUCAUGUGCAUUUUACCAGUAACCCUAUGGUCUCAUGAGUUUUCUGAAGUAUCUCCUGUGGAUAGGACAAAUACCCCCAGGGGUCCCAGUACUCCUGGUUGAAAACCACUGUUCUGCUGGGAACUGAGGUUUUCAUUUUUUUCUUCAUCUGAAUAAUCUUUUCCCCUCUCAGUCAUAUUCACUAUCUCUCCACUUGGGUUUUAGGACAGAGAUUACUUUUUUUUUUAAAUAGUCCAGCUGAGCAAAGGAAAAAAAUGAUGGGCAUCGUGAAGAAGAUUGAUACAGAUUCUGACAAACAUUUAAACUCAGGUAAAAAAGAAAAGAGAAUGUAUUGCCCAUUAAAAUAACAUCAAAUUGAUCAGAAAUAUCAGUGUACACAUUGUUAUGAUAGACAGAAUGGUUUGUAAAUUCUGAGUUCACUUUCCUGCUUUAGAAUGUCUGUUUAUGUACUUUAGAGCAGGAUGGGUUGCUUGAAUGAUCACUUAUCGAAAACAUAUUUAGAAAGAUGCCCAAAAGCAUGUACUUACAGUAUCUAUCAAAUAACAACCAACGUAAAUGUUAUCUUAGAUGUAGGCUGUAUGUGGUAGCUGACACCACACCAAAACACUUCCUCAUUUGAGUCAAACUAGUGAACCAAGGCCUGUGUACCAGCUGGGGGUUUCCUGUGUGUACAUUUUAACUGGCUUUGACAACCAUCAGUGCUUUCUUUACUGAAUCCACUCGCAGAGUAUAUUAUAUUUGGUCUAUUGCUGAGAUGACUUUACAAUUCAAAGAUGUAUUUUGGGGAGUGGAUUUCAUCAGUAAUGUGGGAUAUGAGGCUCUCAUCCAGAGACUCUGUGAGGGUCGACGGAUGUGCAAAGAUAUGGAGGAGCUCUUGAAGAUGAGGGCAUCUGCUGAAGAGAGAUAUGGCAAAGAGUUGGUGAUGAUUGCACGCAAGGCAGGGGGACUCUGUGAGAUCAACACUUUGAAAGCAUCCCUUGACCAACUCAAAGUCCAAAUUGAGAACAUUGGGAACCUACACAUACAACUGUCUGGGGUGUUAAAGGAAGAGGUCAAGAGGAUGGAACAGUUCAGGGAGCGACAGAAAGAGCAGAGAAAAAAGUUUGAAGGCAUCAUGGACAAGGUUCAGAAGAUAAAGGUGUCUUUAUACAAGAAAACAAUGGAGUCUAAGAGAACUUAUGACCAGAGGUGCAGAGAGGCGGAUGAGGCAGAGCAAGUUGCUGAGAGGAUGAUCAGUGUAGCUACCACCACACCCAAGCAGGCUGAGAGGGUGCACAACAAGUCUAAGCAGUGCAGGGAGGCAGCAGGAGAGGCAGAAAAACAAUACAUGUCAAAUAUUGAACAGCUAGACAAGAUUCGUCAAGAAUGGGAAACUACACACGAGAGUACUUGUGAGGUCUUUCAGCAGCAGGAGGGAGAUCGUAUCAACAUCCUGAGGAAUGCCAUCUGGGUCCACUGUAACCAAUUCUCAAUGCAAUGUGUCAAAGAUGAUGAGUGUUAUGAAGAAGUGAGGAAAACUCUAGAACUGUGUGACAUCACGGCAGACAAUGACUGCUUUGUUGAGAUGAAAAGCACUGGCUCAAGUCCACCAGCUCCCAUUGUGUUUGAGAACUAUUAUGAGAGGGAGCCCUCGACAGACAGCAAUGGCAGUGCCUGCUUUGUAGGAGGAGUUAUGAAGAGGUUUUCAAACCUUUUGCAAGGGAACUCAUCGGCUGGCUCUAAAACAAACGUCAAUGACGGUUCACAGCCACUAGCACCACCUACUGCCAACACAUCAGAUGGAGUGUACGCCUCCAUUCCUGGAUUUCAGCAAGUGCAGCCAACCAUCUCAGAGAGCAGAGAGGAGUACCAGGCUCUGUAUGACUAUGAGGCUCAGGGUGAGGACGAGCUGUCCAUGUUUGCAGGGGAGACGGUUGUGGUCAUUGAACAAGAUAUGGAUGGCUGGUGGACUGUGAAGAGAAACGGCAUGUCAGGACUGGUCCCUGGAUCCUAUCUGGCCAAAGAAUGAACUCUUCUUGGCACAAGUAAGGACCUGAGCCCUAGGACCAUGCCUCAGGACUACCUGGC